AUGUACUUUUUUCAGGAGGAUCCAAAUGAUGUCGACCCCAAAAGGAAAGACGUGCGUGGCAAUGAUGGGGAGGACAAAGCACAAAGUGUGGAGACUCUACCUCCAGGAAAAGUUCGGUGGCAAGACUUUGAUCAAGAUGCUUAUGUUGGCGCUACCAUAGUGCGAUCUGGUCAGGAUCCAUAUGCCCGCAAUAAGUUCAAUCAGGUAGAAAGUGACAAACUGCGAAUGGACCGAAGCAUUCCUGACACCAGGCAUGAUCAGUGUCAACGGAAACAAUGGCGGAUAGAUUUGCCAGCCACUAGUGUGGUGAUCACCUUUCAUAAUGAGGCAAGAUCUGCUUUGCUUCGAACUGUUGUCAGUGUCCUUAAAAAAAGCCCAUCACACCUUAUUAAGGAAAUCAUACUGGUGGAUGACUACAGUAACGAUCCUGAGGAUGGUGCUCUCUUGGGAAAAAUUGAAAAAGUGCGAGUUCUUCGAAAUGAUCGCCGAGAAGGUUUGAUGCGCUCCCGUGUCAGAGGGGCAGAUGCAGCACAAGCGAAAGUACUGACCUUCCUGGAUAGUCACUGUGAAUGCAAUGAACACUGGCUGGAACCGCUUUUGGAAAGAGUAGCUGAGGACAAGACCAGAGUUGUGUCUCCUAUUAUUGAUGUAAUUAAUAUGGACAACUUCCAGUACGUGGGGGCGUCAGCUGAUUUAAAAGGCGGCUUUGAUUGGAACCUGGUGUUCAAGUGGGAUUACAUGACACCAGAGCAAAGAAGAGCACGGCAAGGAAAUCCAGUUGCUCCCAUAAAGACACCCAUGAUAGCUGGUGGGUUAUUUGUGAUGGACAAAUCCUAUUUUGAAGAACUAGGGAAGUAUGACAUGAUGAUGGAUGUUUGGGGUGGAGAAAACUUAGAGAUCUCAUUCCGAGUUUGGCAAUGCGGUGGGAGCCUAGAAAUCAUCCCUUGCAGCAGAGUGGGUCACGUAUUCCGCAAACAACAUCCUUACACUUUUCCUGGUGGGAGUGGUACCGUGUUUGCAAGAAAUACACGCAGGGCAGCAGAAGUCUGGAUGGAUGAGUAUAAAAAUUUCUAUUACGCAGCAGUGCCUUCAGCCAGGAAUGUACCUUAUGGCAAUAUUCAAAGCCGAAUGGAACUCAGAAAGAGACUUAGCUGCAAACCCUUCAAGUGGUAUCUUGAAAAUGUUUAUCCUGAGUUACGGGUACCUGAUCAUCAAGAUAUAGCUUUUGGGGCUUUGCAGCAGGGUACCAACUGCCUUGACACUUUGGGCCAUUUUGCAGAUGGUGUUGUUGGAGUUUAUGAAUGUCAUAAUGCCGGGGGAAACCAGGAGUGGGCCUUGACAAAGGACAAGUCGGUGAAACAUAUGGAUUUGUGCCUUACUGUUGUGGACAGAGCACCUGGUUCACUAAUAAAACUUCAGGGCUGUGGAAGGGAAAACGACAGCAGACAGAAAUGGGAACAAAUUGAAAGCAAUUCCAAACUGAGGCACGUUGGCAGCAACCUCUGUCUAGACAGCCGAAACGCCAAAAAUGGUGGUCUCACCGUUGAGAUCUGCAGUCCUUCUUUGUCACAACAGUGGAAAUUCACACUUAAUCUGCAGCAGUAGAAGGACUUAAAAGCAAAAUGCUGUUUCAAUUCAUAGACCUUGGGCAAAGUUUUGAAUGAAUUACUGAUGUAUUUCUUAAAACUUUCCACGGAACUUAUAUACCUCAGUAUUCCACCUUUAUCUGAAAGUAGGAGAGUGCUGAAGCAGACACCAGGGAUCCAGGGGACUUGGAGCACUGCAAAGAUGUCACUGAAUAUGACUGCAGCACGAUUCCUUCUUGGUGCGAAGACUUCAACGGUUCCUUUCUGUCUUCAGUUACGUACUUGCACAGCAGAUAAUUAACUCUAGGAACAACUGAUGUAUGAUAAAAAAAAAAAAAAGAUCUGAAGAAACACCUGUGGGGAACAGGGUGUGGGAGGGGAGGGUGGGAAAAAUUUGAAAUCUCCAUUUGCAUAGAAAUCAUGGUUUGUCGUUUCCAGAAACAGAAGUGUCAUUUUGAAGGUUUUUUUCCUCCUGUGUGUACUUGGUAAUUUGAAUAUGAACUUUUCUAUG